AAGUUUCUGCGAAAUCAAAACAUUUCCGAUAUUUCGUGUUAAAGUUCCAUUAUUUUAAUUGAAAAUCAUAUAGCAAAUCGUACCAAAAAAUGGCCACCUCCCGGGUAAAGACACGUGAAUCGAAAACGGGUGAACUUAUCGCUUACAGUGAGACAGCAAUCCGAAACAAUGCAUCCGCCGUGGAAUACUGUCGAACAUCGAUGGCUGCUCUGUCCGGAAGCACGGCCGGCGUUCUCGGUCUUACCGGAAUACUGGGUUUCCUGUUCUACGUGCUAGCCGUUCUCGGUCUCUGGUGUAUGCUGCUGCUGAAAUCCGGUUCCAACUGGCAAAAAUAUUUCAUCACUCGGAAAAGCCUCCUGACCAACGGGUUCCUCGGUGGACUUUGCACGUACGUACUAUUUUGGACAUUCCUCUACGGUAUGGUUCAUGUGUAUUAGGGAAAAGAAUCGUGGCUAUUUAUAAUCGAAGGGGAGGGUUUAAAAUGGGUGUUGUAAAAGCAUUGUCGUUCCUGAUUCGUGGGGAACGAGGAAAAUCCAAAAACCAACGCCGCAUUGG